AUGGAUCCACUAAGUAUUGGCUCCAGCGUUCUCAGUUUACAUCAGCGAGAAAACAGCGAGCAGCACAAAGACGAUGCCUUCCGAGAGAUCAUUGCCAGCUGCCGGUCGCUGAGCAAGUAUGAGACGAACAUCAAGUCCGCCCUGCCCCAGAUCCUGUCGGCGAUCGUGGCCGCCUCGUUCCACAUCGUCAUCGGCAUCUCGCUGGCGUACUCGGCCAUCCUGAUCCCGCAGCUGGAAAUGCCGGACAGCGACAUCCCGAUCACCAAGGGCCAAUCGUCGUGGAUCGCGUCCAUCAUCGUGAUCAUGGUGCCGAUCGGAUCGCUCGUGGCGGGUGUCAUGAUGGAGUUCCUCGGGCGCCUGAACACGAUCAAGCUGGCGGCGGUUCCGUGCGUGGCCGGCUGGGUGUCGAUUGCCCUCGCCGAAAACUUCACCUGGAUCAUGGUCGGGCGGGUACUGACCGGUUUCGCCUGCGCUCUCGGAACCAGCCCUGCGAUCGUGUACAUUACGGAGGUGGCCCGGCCCGAUAUGCGCGGUUCGCUAAUCUCAUCCGGUCCAACGUUGGCCUCCCUGGGCAUGGUCAUCGCCUACGCCAAAGGUGCCUUCAUGCACUGGCGGUUGGUGUCGUGGAUCUGCAUCAUCUACACCGUCGUACCGGUGCUACUGAUUCAACUCUUCGUGCCAGAGUCACCCGUUUGGUUGGUGUCGAAGGGGCGCAUCGAGGAUGCGGCCCGCUCGCUCCGCUUCCUGUACAAAAAAUAUCCCCAGCCAGAGCACACGGAUCAGCCACUCUCGGAGAUGCACCUGAACGCACUGCUCAAGGAACGUGAAACCAAAAUUGCCGAAGCGCAGAAGAACGUCGACCGGCACGGGGUGCAGCAGUCGAAGCUGCGCGGGUUCCUCAAGCCCACCGGCUACAAACCGAUGAUCAUCCUGUUCUGGUUCUUCCUGAUCCAGCAGUUCAGUGGCAUCUACAUCACGCUCUUCUUCGCCGUCACCUUUAUCCAGGACGUCGGCACGGAGGUGAACGCGUUCACGGCGUCCAUCUUCGUCGGGCUGACGCGCUUCACCAUGUCCUUGCUGAAUGCCUGGUUGUUGAAGCGGUUCCCCCGCCGGCAGCUGGUCAUGGUUUCGACGACCGGCAUGGCGAUCUGCAUGUUCGUGUCCGGUUUGUUCACCCUCUGGAUCAAGGAGGGUACGACUACGCUGACGUGGAUACCAGUCGUUGGACUGCUGCUGUACGUGUGCUCCUCCAUGAUCGGACUCCUCACCAUCCCCUGGACGAUGACGGCCGAGCUGUUCCCGACGGACAUCCGCGGCAUUGCGCACUCCAUUUCGUACUCGAUGGCCAAUCUUCUGAUGUUCUUUGCCGUCCAGAGCUACCGAACCAUCACGGACCUGCUUGGCGGUGCCUACGCGGUCCAGUGGAUGUUUGCGGUCGUGUCGGUGAUCGGAUUUUUCUUCGCCCUCUUCUUCCUGCCGGAAACGCAGGGUAAGAGUUUGGCCGAAAUUGAGGCGUUCUUUGCGGGCAAAGCGCCAACGACACAGCGCACACCGGCGGCCGAACGAGCGGCCAAACCGUCCGUUACCGAACAUCUCAUACGCAGCCCGAGCCGGGAGGCUAAGCUUAAGGAGGUGGAACUGAUGCUGAAGAACAAAAACGGUGCAUAAAACGGGGCACAAGUGCCAGUACCGGGAUAGUAGGUUUCAAACAAAUCGAAAGGCUGGAAGUAUAUUUUGCGACAGUAUUCGAAAUGCUGUAGAGCACGAAAUCGUUAUGUACUUAAGUAGAAUGAGAACAAGAGAGUUAGUAAGAAGACACAAAAAAGAGAGAAAGAGAGCGUUGCUGAGGCCAGCUGCCGACUUAGACGCGUGUGUCCUUGCGCGGGCACAAGAGGAUAUAUACAUAUUUAUUUAUAGUAUUUUCACAUUUAGGUCACACAUUUCGUACAAUUUUCUCAAGCACCUGGAACUGGUAGUGCGAAACGUUUUCUCCGGUAAGCCACGGCGCUUAUCUGUGCGGAAGUAUUUUCUAUAUUGAUAAACUUUACUUUAGCCUGCCGCCACGCUGUGUGCUGUGUGAAAUUAUUCAGCGGACUGAGUUCAGCGAAGCCACUGAAAUGACGGCAAAACACAGCACCGCACUGAUGAAGCCAUUUAAUGCAAUCGAAGUUCAAACCCAGUGUAUUAAUCGUAUUCGAAGCAUUGCAAGUAUGUAGCCUUAAUGCGGAAUAAUAAACUGUUGAUGAA